UUGAGUCUAAUGGAUGAACUUUGACAGUUUCAAAUUGCAAAUGGACAUCAUUCGCCUGGAUUUAAAGGCAGGUCUGGAGGCUCUUUUAAAAGCAAUGCCUAUUAGAGCUAUUUUUCUCGGAGUCCGAAUUGGCGACCCUACUGCGGUAGGUCAAGAGCAAUUCUCUCCUAGCUCUACUGGAUGGCCACCUUUCAUGAGAGUGAAUCCAAUUCUUGAUUGGUCAUAUAGAGAUAUUUGGGCCUUCCUCUUGACUUGCAAGGUUCGAUACUGCAGCCUUUAUGAUCAGGGUUAUACUUCCAUUGGUAGCAUUCAUGACACCGUUCCUAAUGCUUUAUUGUCCAUUGGCAACGCCAACAACGUUGAAGAAAAAUUCAAACCUGCUUAUCUGCUCCCAGAUGGAAGAUUGGAAAGAGCUGGUAGAAUAAAAAAUUUCUCUUCUCGGCCAUUAUCUGCCAUUAGCAAUGGUUUGAAAAGUGAGGAUGGACAUCGGAAAUGCACGCUCACAGCCUCGGUCAUUGCUGUGGGAGAUGAAAUUCUGUUUGGCACUGUCGAGGAUAGGUUAGCAUUAACUUUGUGUAGAAAGCUCCAUUCCAUAGGUUUGGCUGUCUCACAGUUUGCUGUAACAAAAAGUGAUGUUGAUUCAGUUGCUGAGGAAGUUGAGAGGCAAAAGUCUAGAAAUGACAUGGUGUUCAUAUAUGGAGGAGUUGGUCCAUUGCAUUCAGAUGUCACUGUAGCUGGAGUUGCAAAAGCAUUUGGUGUUCGCAUGGCACCUGAUGAAGAAUUUGAAGAAUAUUUAAGGCAUCUUAUUGGUGAGAAGUGCACAGGUGAUAGGAAUGAGAUGGCACAGUUGCCAGAGGGUAUCACUGAAUUGCUGCAUCAUGAACAGCUUCUUGUGCCUUUGAUCAAGUGCCAAAAUGUGAUAAUUCUUACUGCAACAAAUGUUGCUGAGAUGGACCAGGAAUGGGAUUGUUUGAUUGAAUUUAUGAGAUCUGACAGUCUUUUAGUAGCCGCUGAACCAUUUAUAUCAAAGCGACUGGCAACAACUCUUUCUGACGUGGAAGCGGUUCAUCCUCUUUCAGAAAUCUGUAUUGAAUUUCCUGAUCUUUACAUUGGAGGAUACCGUGAAUCAAGAAAAGGACCUCUUCUUGUUACUUUCGAAGGAAAGGAUCAAGAGAGAAUAAACGCAGCCGUGGAAGCAUUAUGCAAGAAAUUUCAGCCGGGGUCAUUCUCCGAAGUUAACUGACCAUGAAAUUAUCUGUGAUUUGCUGAACUUCCAGAUUGUGGCCUGAAAAGUAAUCAUCACCAUUUUUGGGGGUUAAAUUUUGUGAGGAAGAAUUUUGAAAUUGCCAUUGAUACCAGGGAUGAUUGAUUAUGUUCAAGCAUGUAAUAGCUUUGCGCUGUAUUAGGAAAGUUGUGUAGCAGGAAAUUAAGUAGCCAUUAUUUAAACCAUACGUCAACUAUGUAUACUUGCUAAUCCUGUUAUCCCAUGUUUAUCUUGAUAUGUACUUCACUUUAUUGAAAUUUUCUGAAAAAUGAAAAAUAUUCUUCUUUUUAUAUA